AAGGAAGGAAGGAAGCUAGCUAGCUUGUUUGGCAGUGCUUGUGUUUUUUAGAAACCCAUGCUGGGUCUUCAGAACUAUUUUAUUUUUUGUGCUCCUGGAACAACACAAAACUGUUGGGACCGGAAGCGAAAGCCGGAAGAUGCGUCCGCCUUCCCCGUCAGGAGGGAAGGGGGACUUUUCCUUUGUCUGCCCGUGUCUCAUGCUUGAUCCAGAUUUAGUUCUGCCUGCCUCCUGCUCCCCUUGGCUGGGUGGGAGGGAGGUGUGGCGAGGGUGCGUGGGGAGAAGAUGAUGAAUGGAGCGCUCUCUCUCUUUCCCUUCCUCCAGCUGCGCCUCGUGUGUGUGUGCUGCUCCAUGUGACGCCGUGCUUCUAAGCCGUGUCCAUAUUUAGACAGCAGAGUCUCUGCCUCCCCCCCCCAUGUGCAAGCACGCAUGAGAGGGGGGGCGCCUCUCUCCCCUCCCCUCUCCCACAACUUUCCCAUGGCAGAUCAGACGGCCCUGCCCAUAGACACCUCCCCGCACGUCCAGUUAUGGCGGAAAGGUUAUUUUCUCCCCGGCUUGGCUGGAGAGGGGAGCUGAGCCCUCGCCACAGAUGAUGGAGAGAGGAAGCCUUUGAGGGACCCAGGAGAGUCUCAGCCAUGCCUUUGGACAAGACCUCGCCACUUGUGCACCCUUCUAAGCCUGGGAAGGAGAAGACCGCCCUGCCCGGGUCCCUGAAGGCAGGCUCUGAGGGCCACACGGAGGAGUCCAAACCCACGAUGACGAGAGGCUCUGGCAGGAGGCCUCGCCCCCCUGCCAGCGAAGGGGAGAAGGACUCUGGAUUUUCAGACGAGAGCUCGGAGCACCUGAGCGGCGUGGAGCAGACGGACGCAGAGGACCAGCCUGCCUACCCACAGCGCCAGGGGGGCGCGUUGCAGCAGGCGGCGCAGAAAGGGCACGGGGGGCUUGCGGGCGGCGCCUUCCCCGGCCUCACCCCCGUUUACAUUGUCAAAAACGUUAUCCUCAAACAGCCCCAAGCAGCGUCCCCUGCCACCCAGCUCUUAGCCUGGAAUGGCCAGCACCCUCUCAGCAGCACCCAGGGCUCUCCCACCCAUGUUCUCUUGAUCCAGCCGCCGUCGGGACCCUUGAAGCCGUUGCUUCCCAGCCAGAAGACUCCCACCAAGGACGCUGCCUACGUCCCCUUCCUCAGCACCUACCCCAAAAUCGCUCCUCACCCGGGCUGUGACCCGCAGGCCAAGGGCAUGGGAGGGUCCACCCAGGCAGGAGGCACCAGCAAGAACAAACGCUUCUGCCUGGAGGAGGCCUGGGUGUCGUCUUCUGAAGCUGCCGCCCCGAAAGGCAGCAGGGAGAAGCAGCGCAAGGAAGCGCCCGCCGCUUCCUCCGGCCAGCUCCUCGGCCCAGAGGUGCUUUCCCAGAACACGGUGUCCUCCUCCACGGGACUGGACUCGGCUGAGGGCAGGAUGAUCUCCCGAGCCUCCAAAAAGCUGGGCUGCAGCAGCUCGGGCAAGCAGCGCCGCUUCCACAACACCGUGGAGGUCCUGCGGAAGUCAGGCCUGCUGGGCAUCACGUUGAGGACCAAGGAGCUGAUCCGGCAGAACAACAGCACCCAGUGGGAGCUGGCCGAGCUGCGAGGGCACGCCCAGCUCCUGUGCGAGGCCGUCCAGAGCAAUGACUUCCGCGCCUGGGCCCGCCUCCAGGAGGCCAUGGACCGCUCUGCCAGCUACUGGGCCAAAAAGGGGGCCAGAUCCUCUUACGCACACGCGUGGCAGCAGAGGCCGGCGGCCAAGCCCACAGGACCCACCACAGAGACCGCCGGGGAGCCCCUGUCCAGCUCGCCCAUGAGCCUGUCGCCCACGCCGGACACUUCAGAGCAUGUGGCGCUGCCUUAGCUCCUCUGCCAUCAUGCCCUGGGCUUGAAGGGUGUUGCUCCGGAAGAAAACCUCUUCGCAAGAAUUUGUGUCUUGGCCACCAAGCCCUCAGCAACCCCAGCCUCUUGCCAUUGGUGAGGCUGAAGAGGCCAGUGUGGAAGGCCGGAUUCGGCCCCUCCUGACUGGACUGCUGACCUUUCAGUGGGUUUGUUGGCUGUUGAAGCCUGCUGUGUGCUUGUGGAGGGUUCCUGAGAUAAUCUUUGGGCUCCGAUAAAAUAAUCUCAGCAUGGGGAAUUGGGUUGGGCUGGGCUCUGCUGGCCUAGUUUAGGAUUGAAAUAGCAGAGGAAUUGUGUUCCCAGAGGCCGACAGGGCGAGGCCUUGGGCAGCCGGCACAGAAAGGUGCCGCUGCUUUUGUAUCGAUUCAUCCCAUUUGCUCUCAGCUGGGAUUUCGGAGCAGCAAAUGUUUUAAUAUUUGAAACAGCCAGCCCUGAGAGGAAGAUGGAGAGAGCAAUGUGGCCAAGGCCCGUCUAAGGAAGUGUAUUUUAACUCAUGCCUCUCUGGUAAGGAGCGCUCUCUCCUGCCCACUAAGUUGCUCCUUUGCUACAAAAGGAGUCUGUUUCCGUCUUGACAGAAUAGCCUCCGCUCACCCAUUUUCUGGUUUUGGGGGAAGCGAUUCAAUGAUACUCAGACUGAAGGGUCUAGCGAGCGACAUUCUGCCCCGUUAGGAGUUCUGCCUCACUAAAAGCUUGUUUUGCUCCGCUGCCAACAGAAGAUGGUCCAAUAAUAAUAAAGAAAUGAUGAUGGUGAUGAUGAUAA